GUGGAGGGGCCGGGCGGGCGCUCCUCACCUUUCGGUUUCCCUUCAGUUGUUCGGGACGGGGCAGCGAUGAGGCUGCCGGCUCGGCUCCUGCUCGCCGCGUCCCUCCUGCUGGCACACGUCCACUGUGAGAACGUUUUUGGCAUCGUUGGAGAAAAUUUUACUUUUCCUGUAAAAAUAGACCAAAAGCCGGUGGAAAUUCUGUGGACAAAAAACAAGAAUAAAGUGGCUGAAUGGGAAGGGCAACCCAACCCAACAUAUUUUCCUUCUUUCUAUAACAGAGGCUUGCUUAACAAGGAUAAUGGGCGCUUGACCAUAUUUAACUUGGAGAACAAUGAUGCUGGCACGUAUGUGUUAAGAUACAUGGAUUCUGUGAAUAAAGAUUGGAACUUAGAGUUCAUACUUGCUGUAUUAGCUCCCCCUUCAGAACCUGAAAUAAGUUGCAACAUCAGUGGUGAUGAUCUUGUGUUAAAAUGUACAGCAAAUUUCCAGAAGCCUCUGAAAUACACUUGGAAGUUCAGUAGCUUACCAGGCACUCCUCAGACCCAAGAAGUUUCUGUCCCUAAGAAUGUUGAUGCUUCUGAGAAAGCUACAUGUUUCAUUGAAUUCUCUCAAACAGAAAAAAGCUCUGAAAUCUCAUUAACUGAGUGCUUUCCAGAUGAAAAAGGAGACCUCUAUGAGAAAAGAAGCAGAGGUGUUCUUAUUGCGUUUGUUGUCUUAAUUCCAGUUGUAGCAAUAGGAGGAGUCCUAUACAGCAGAGGUAGAAGGAACUCUGCAACAGCAAAUGCUGCUCAGAGGAAUAGUCCAGUGCCUGGCUCAGAAGAACAUGAGCCACUUUACUCCGUGAACAGCCAAGAAGAGCCUAACUCAGAGAGAGCUAACUCUUCACAAGUUGCUGACUCUGAGAAAGAAAACCCUGGAGCAGACGAAGGCUUGAACGAGGACAGUCCCCAGAAAGAAAAGCAGAUGGUUAAUGAUGGUGUAAAACAGGAAGGUAGAAGGAACUCUGCAACAGCAAAUGCUGCUCAGAGGAAUAGUCCAGUGCCUGGCUCAGAAGAACAUGAGCCACUUCGCUCUGGGGACUGCCAUGAACACCCUAACUCAGAGAGAGACACCUCUGAGGAGCAGAGCAGCAGCUUGCAGGACAAGCAUGGAGAUGACAGUGGUGUAAAUGAGGCGGACACCUCUGAGGAGCAGAGCAGCAGCUUGCAGGACAAGCAUGGAGAUGAGCAUGGUGUAAAUGAGGGAGUGACCCAGGGUGCAGAAGAUGGAAGCAAGAAGGAGCCGGGGGACUCUCCCAGCUGCAGUGAAGAAGGGUGUUAAAUCAUAAGCAGAGAAGUGCUUUGUGAACCGAACAACGACGGAAGAGAAGCAGUAGAAUUCAACAGUGAAGGAACUGCUAUCUUUUGAAGGUUUUCCACCAGCACUGGAGUUAUCUGUGAAGACAAAGACUGGCUGAAAUGUUUCCAGUGCCUACUUUUUCUCAGAAGGGAUAGCCUCCUUUUCUAGUGUUACUGCACGAAGAUAAGUAGGCUAAAUCAUGUACAAAACCUUCUCUAUUGUUUUGUAUCAAGUUUUAACAAAUGGUUCUCUACUAACACAAAAUGUAAGAGCUAAGGACACUUUUAGAAUUGGUAUUUAGAGUUAAAAAAGUCAUAUCCAUUUGCAUGAAUGAGGAUAAAUCAAAAACUAGUCAGCUUUCUAUGGAAUUUUGGAUCAGUACUUUUUUUACAGUCAGAAGAAAGAUGAUGCAUCUUUCAGCAGUUCCAGAUGGAUAGAAGUUUGCUGGAGAACUGAGACUAGCAAAUGCAGGAACUCAGUGGAACAAACAAAUAUUCUUCAAGAUACCUAUCUCUUGGAGUUGUCAGAAGACUGGCAGACUGGUCAUCUCCCGAUAGUGGUUAACUUUGUGAUAAAGCUACAGUUCAGUUUGCUGUUGCAUUGGAACAAAGGUGCUACCAUUAGCAGUGGUUGGGGUUUUUGUCUAGAACUUCUGAUAUUUUUUGCACUUUUAGGGUUCUUUUUUUACGUCUUAGCUCUGCUUCACAUUAUUUUAAGACAAUAUCAAGCUAUUCUUUUCUAAAGAGUAAUAUAUUUUUAGGUGCCUUCUAACUGGAAAAAAAACUUGAAAACAUAAAUACACUGAAGCUCAAAAAGAGCCAGAAAAAAAGAAUACCAUGUAUUAAAUUUUGCAGAACAUCAA